AUGUCAUCAAACAGGGGUCAAAAUCCUCAUGGACUUAAACAGAUUGGCUUGGACCAGAUAUGGGAUGACCUGCGGGCCGGCAUCCAGCAAGUUUACACCAGACAGAGCAUGGCAAAGUCCAGAUACAUGGAACUCUAUACUCAUGUAUAUAACUACUGUACAAGUGUACACCAGUCUAAUCAAGCACGAGGUUCUGGAGUGCCACCAUCAAAGUCCAAAAAAGGCCAGACCCCUGGAGGAGCUCAGUUUGUUGGGCUUGAACUGUAUAAGAGAUUAAAAGAGUUUUUGAAGAGUUACUUAACAAAUCUGCUGAAGGAUGGAGAAGAUCUUAUGGAUGAAAGUGUACUAAAGUUUUACACACAACAGUGGGAAGACUAUCGGUUUUCUAGUAAAGUACUGAAUGGCAUUUGUGCAUAUCUCAACCGCCACUGGGUUCGGCGUGAAUGUGAUGAAGGGCGCAAAGGGAUAUAUGAAAUUUACUCGCUUGCCUUAGUUACUUGGAGGGAUUGCCUUUUUCGGCCUUUGAACAAACAGGUUACAAAUGCAGUGCUCAAACUGAUUGAAAAAGAGCGAAAUGGAGAAACCAUAAACACAAGGCUCAUCAGUGGAGUUGUACAGUCUUAUGUCGAGCUGGGCUUGAAUGAAGAUGAUGCGUUUGCCAAAGGCCCCACGUUGACCGUGUACAAAGAAUCUUUUGAAUCUCAGUUUUUGGCUGACACAGAGAGGUUCUAUACAAGAGAGAGCACAGAGUUUUUACAGCAGAACCCCGUCACAGAAUACAUGAAGAAGGCUGAAGCUCGGCUUUUAGAAGAGCAGAGAAGAGUACAGGUAUACCUUCAUGAGAGCACUCAGGAUGAGCUAGCAAGGAAAUGUGAACAGGUCCUCAUAGAAAAACACCUGGAGAUCUUCCAUACAGAGUUCCAGAAUUUACUUGAUGCAGACAAGAAUGAAGAUCUGGGGCGAAUGUACAAUCUUGUAUCACGAAUACAGGAUGGUCUGGGAGAGCUGAAAAAACUUUUAGAAACACAUAUCCACAAUCAAGGACUUGCUGCUAUAGAAAAGUGUGGAGAAGCAGCACAGAAUGAUCCAAAAAUGUAUGUACAGACAGUCUUGGAUGUCCACAAGAAAUAUAAUGCACUAGUUAUGUCAGCGUUCAACAACGAUGCAGGGUUUGUGGCUGCUCUGGAUAAGGCUUGUGGCCGAUUUAUAAAUAACAAUGCAGUGACAAAAAUGGCCCAGUCUUCCAGCAAAUCUCCUGAACUACUUGCCCGCUAUUGUGACUCUCUACUAAAGAAGAGCUCCAAGAAUCCAGAAGAGGCAGAAUUGGAAGACACACUUAAUCAAGUUAUGGUAGUAUUUAAAUACAUAGAAGAUAAGGAUGUAUUUCAGAAAUUCUAUGCAAAAAUGCUCGCAAAACGUUUAGUGCACCAAAACAGCGCCAGCGAUGAUGCAGAAGCGAGUAUGAUAUCCAAACUUAAGCAAGCCUGUGGUUUUGAAUAUACCUCAAAGCUGCAAAGGAUGUUCCAAGACAUUGGUGUCAGCAAAGACUUAAAUGAACAGUUUAAAAAGCACCUGACAAAUUCAGAACCUCUUGACUUGGAUUUCAGCAUACAAGUCCUUAGCUCUGGGUCAUGGCCUUUUCAACAGUUCUGCACAUUUGCGUUACCUUCUGAGUUGGAGCGCAGUUACCAGAGAUUUACAGCUUUUUAUGCCAGCCGCCACAGUGGAAGGAAAUUAACUUGGUUAUAUCAAUUGUCCAAAGGAGAAUUGGUUACUAAUUGCUUUAAAAAUCGAUAUACUUUGCAGGCGUCCACAUUCCAGAUGGCAAUCCUGCUACAAUACAACACAGAAGAUGCAUACACAGUACAGCAACUGACAGAUAGUACGCAGAUAAAAAUGGACAUCCUGGUUCAGGUUCUACAAAUUUUGCUUAAAUCAAAGUUAUUGGUAUUAGAAGAUGAAAAUGCAAAUGUUGAUGAAGUGGAGUUGAGGCCGGAUAUCUUAAUAAAGCUGUAUUUGGGCUAUAAAAAUAAGAAGCUUAGAGUUAACAUUAACGUCCCCAUGAAAACUGAGCAGAAACAAGAACAGGAGACGACGCACAAAAACAUUGAGGAAGAUCGAAAACUUCUCAUCCAGGCCGCCAUUGUACGAAUUAUGAAAAUGAGAAAGGUCUUGAAACACCAGCAACUCCUUGGAGAAGUCUUGACCCAGUUAUCAUCAAGAUUCAAGCCACGCGUUCCUGUAAUCAAGAAAUGUAUCGACAUCCUUAUAGAAAAGGAGUACUUGGAGCGCGUGGAUGGAGAAAAGGACACAUACAGUUAUCUGGCUUGA